UCAAGCGGAUGAAAAGAAAGCCACGAGUUGAGCUUCUUCUUCCUCUUCUCGCUUCUCUCUCUCUCCCUCUCUCUCCGGUUCCACCAUUAAAGCGCUCACGCCAUCCUCCACGAGAAAGCACCCGAGCAAGGCUGUCUUCUGCACCUCCGCCUUUCACGCACAUCCACACUUCCAUUGGAACUGGACCAGGAGGUGAUGCAGAUGGGGUGGCGGCGCUUUGUGACGGUGGCGGUGAUGGUGGUGAGUUUCAGGGCUGCGGCGGCGGUUCUGGACCCUGUGGACUUCUUGGCGUUGCAGUCCAUCCGCAAGGGCCUCGAGGACAUGCCUGGAUCGGAUUUCUUCUCGUCCUGGGACUUCACUGCCGACCCCUGCGCCUUCACCGGCGUGUUCUGCGCCAGGGAUCGCGUCGUGACGCUAGCACUCGGUGAUCCACGCGCGGGGGCUCCGGGACUGCUGGGCCGACUCGACCCCGCGAUCGGUCUACUUAACGCGCUUGCCGAGCUCUCCCUCCUCCCGGGCCGCGUCUCUGGUCCCAUUCCUGAUGCUCUCGCUGAUUGCUUUGACCUCCGUUUCGUCGCUCUCAGUAAGAAUCUGCUUUCCGGCGCCGUCCCUGCAGGUCUCGGCGGCCUUCCCCGCCUUCGCACCCUCGAUCUCAGCUAUAACCUACUCUCUGGUCCAGUCCCCGAGUCACUCGCUUCCGCGCCAGUGCUCUCCAACCUCAUUCUCUGCCACAAUCAGCUCUCCGGUUUCCUCCCGCCCUUCCCAGCCUCCUCCUCGCUCCUCCGACUCGAUCUCAAGCACAACCAGCUCUCCGGCCCCCUCCCGCCGUUGCCGACCUCGCUACAGUACCUCGCCCUCUGCUCCAAUGCCCUCGCCGGCCGCAUCGACUCAGUGCUCCCGCCCCUCACGCGGCUCAAUUUCCUCGACCUCAGCUCGAAUGUGCUCGAGGGCCCGAUCCCGGAGGCCGUGUUCGCGUUCCAGCUCGCCGCGCUCCGGCUGCAGCGCAACGCCUUCUCCGGGCCGUUGGCGCCCCCGCAAGAGGACGUUGUCAUCCCGGUGGUAGACCUGAGCUACAAUCGCCUGUGGGGGGCCGUGCCACCGCAGCUGGCCGCGGUGGGCCGCCUCUACCUCAACAACAACCGGUUCACCGGGGAGGUGCCCCCCCGCUUGGUACAGGGGCUCAGCAACGGCAUGCAGUUGCUCUACCUGCAGCACAACUUCUUGACUGGGAUCAAGAUCGGUCCGGCAGCCGUCGCCCUCCCCGCCGGUGCGUCUCUCUGCCUGCAGUACAACUGUAUGGUGCCGCCCUUCGACACGCCAUGCCCGCUCAAGGCCGGCUCGCAGAGGAUGCGCCCCCUCGACCAAUGCCCCGAGUGGCGUGCCUAAUUCCAUCGAAAUCAAAAGUAACGGACUAAACAAGAUUCUUUGAUUGGUUAUUGUCCGUGGGAAAAUGAAGACUGCUGAUGCAUGUGAACCAAACAAAAUAGCAAUUUUCUGGUGAGUUCUCCUUCUAAAUUAAGUUUUCAUUCAUUGGUAAAGUUAUAGUUUUUUUUUUCCCAAGUGUUCGCAUAAUUCUAUUGUUUUUUCAUGUAUAUAUUUCACAAUAUAUGAGAUUAAUAAAUUGUUAUAUAGAAGGGAAAAGUAAUGUUGGGCAAAGAGAUAUUAAUAUUGUCGUGUAUAGUGAAACACCUGCAAGAGUGCAUCUUGAAAGAGUGCAAGGUCAGCCCAAGUUUUGCUCAGUUUAUUCCAUCAGAUGCUUGCCACCAUUAAAUGCUUUAAAAAACAGUCUGGGUGCUGACUCCUGAGUAUUGACUGGCACAAACUGGAAAAUCAUACAUGUUGACAGUAAAAAAAGGUCUUGAUUGCCAUUUUUCCUGCAACUUGCUAUUACAUGAAGAGCUGAAAACAAGAACUAGAUGAAGCUAAAAAGAGCAGAAAGAUGGAAAGUGGCUUUAGCCCUUGAUUCCACACACCUUGUAUCGAUAUAUUCGACAAUGAGAUACUCGAAAUCCCUUUCUCACCUUCACUGAUUUACUAUGAUCUGAACACUAACUUCUACAGCAGCCUCAUCCUCAGCAGAUCAUGUCAUGUUCUUCUUUUGCUGUGGCCUUCUCCACUACAUCAUCUGGUUCCAGGACUCCUUGAGCUUCCUUCAUGGCCAUUGGGAUUUCCAUGGCCUCCAUCUGCUUCUUCUCCUUGUCUUCCUUGUGCUUUCCCCAGAGAACCGAGUACAGGCCAGCAACAAUAAGGACUGCACCAAUCACACUACAAGAGAAAUAGUGGAAAUUUUGGUUAUUCAGCAAGGUUAUAUGAAUGGUUUGACUGUUAGUGUCUCACCCUCCCAAAUAUAUUUUCUCUGCAAGAAUGAAAGAGCCCAUUAUGGCCACUAUAAUCAUCAUCAAAGGGCUGAAGGCAGAUGCGAAGACUGGUCCUUUGUCUUGAAUCACCAAACCUUGUACAUGGUAGGCAAUACCGGAUGUCACUAUACCCUACACACCAAAAGUGUCCUUAAUUCUGAGUCCUAGAUUGCGCACACAAAGUUAAGGAGGAGAAGAAAAGAGACUAACAGCAUAGGCAGCAGCAAGGAGGUUCAUGUCGAACCCGAUGCUCCACACAGAAAACUUGUGCUCCAUAACAAAGGUGACAACAAUGGCUUGGAGAGUGCCAAUAAGGCAUAUCAAUGUGGUGAGCGAGAAGUGGGCUCUGUAUCUCUCCAAUGCUGCAGUCUGUUGAAGCAUAACAAGUCCAAUUCAGUUGGCUAUGACACAGAACACAAAGUUUUGAUAUACAUCACCUGAAGGACAAAGAAAGAUGCCCACGCAAGAGUUGCAAUGAUGAGGAAGAUGCAGCCCAUGAACCAGUUCUUGCCAGACGAAUCAUCGGUGGCUGAGUCAGAUUCGCUGGGAUGAAUGGGCACGUACUUGGUCCAGACCAUGUGCAUGAUAGGUCCUUUGUAGAGGGUCAUCAGCAUGGCUCCAGCUACUGUCACCAGAGUUCCAAUCAACUUGGCUUGGCUCCUCACUUGUUUCAGGUAACAUGUUGCUCAUUGCGCAAGAGAAGGUUGGUGAGGUGAACUUCAAGCCAGCAUAGUAGAAGUUCUGGUCGAUGACCGGCCUUCAAAUUUUACACAUGAAACUAUUACUACUUAUUCAUUAGAUGCUGAACAUUAUGUUGGUGCAAGUACUGACCCGAGCAGUCCAAGCGCAAAUAUUUGCAUAAAGAUUGGCCAUGUCAUCCUCGGACGUGAAUUCCUAUUCGUUAAAAAUGCCUUUAGCAUUUUAUGAGAUUUGAACUAAAAACGUAUGCUGGAUCAAUCUACCUCUCAAGAAUGAGGGCGAACGGGGCAAUGGAGAGAGUGGCAAAGGCGUGUCGAUAGACCACCAGGACAUAGUGGCUCAUGCCAUGGUUGAGGGAGAAUUUGGUGAGGAUGUUCAUGCCUGCAUAGCCAAAUUGGAGCGAGAUCAUUGCAAGGUAAGGCUUGCAAGUCACAAAGUACCUGCUCCAUCUUCCUUGGUUAUUCUUCAUUUCGGAAACUUGACUGUUGUGGAACAACUUCAUAAUCAAAGACAAUGGGUAUUUAUCGACAGAGAAUGAGUUUGCGAUCCAGUAGCUUGGUAUGAGAUCGGCUGGAAGUCUCCAUGGAGCCCAUUAACUUGGUAGUGACAGGAAUUUGGGAUGUGUCACUGAUGCACUAGCUCAGCACUCGAGUGGUGCACGAUUGAUGAUGCACCCAUACAAUGAAGCAUUUUGGGUGUGCUUUCUUGCACUUGCUGAUCCAUGCUUCCUGCUUAUCAACACUACACAGGUUACUUGUGGAGGGACAAAACUUCGAGUGAAGCAUAGAUAAAGGAUACACACAAUAUAAAGAACAAGUGUUUGUACAUGAAAUACAAAAUGGAUACACAGAGGCAGAUUCCAUAGAAUCUUAAGAUAUCCAAAUUCCUAUCCAGUAAGAACAACGAUCCCUGUCUUGGAGAAGAACAGGUUGAAGCACAAGUGGAAGGAGUUGAGUUUUCUUGGGUUGCAGUAAGAUGAGUCAUUCAUGCAACAUUCACUAAAGUUUUGCAUUAGAAUAAAAGACUGGUGCUCAUCCAAGAAGGCAAGUGUUCUUUAUGUGCUAUUCUGUUGUAUUGGUGGCAAUGUGUUGUCUGAGUGGGAUGCAUAUUAUUCAUGAAAAAGGUGAUCAUUUAUUUUUUUAUACAAAGGUGUGUGUAUAGAAAUACAUACACAAUCUUGCAAA